UGGCUCAACUGGAUACCCUCCGGCCAUUCCGAAAGUAUGGAUAUGCUAAGAAACAUAAAUGCAGCAAAGGACAUAGAUGAAGCUGAAGUUGAGGCAUUGGGCUGGAUUCGAUCAAUUGUCUUGACGUUUCAUGAGAAAAAGAAGUAUUUCGCAAAGAGCAACCGCAAGAGAAAUAUCAACAAGCGUUGCUGA